GACAGACUUAGAGAGAGAAGCGUCAGAGGUUUUCUCUGAUGGAGGAGAGAGACCGAGGCAGAUGUCGGUGGCCGGAGGAGCUCCGAUACGGCGGCGAACGUCGACGGUGCAGAAGACAAAGUUGAAGAUCACGUCACGUUGACUUCAAUUCUUUUGAUGGAGUUCGCUUCUUCUUCAUCAUCAUCAUCGUCCUUAUACUUCAAUUCAGAACCUCGUUUCAUAUACGAUGUGUUCAUCAACUUUGGAGGAGAAGAUAUCGGUAGAAGGUUCGUUUCUCAUCUCCAUUCUGCACUUUUACAAGCUCAACUCAAAACUUUAAUUAACGAAGAGAAUCUGCCGGAGGGACUGGAGCUGGACGAUCAGAUAGGAGCAAUAGGAGGAGCUAAGAUUACGAUAAUUGUUUUCUCCAAAUCAUACACUGAAUCUACCUGCUCUCUUCGUCAUCUUGAAAAAAUCAUUGAAUGCCACGAAACUUUUGGUCAAAUAGUUCUGCCCGUUUUCUACGAGAUUGACCCAUUGGAUGUACGUCAUCAGAAGGAUGAUUUUGGAAAAGCGUUGGAAGAAACUGCACACAGAUGCUAUUCAGGAGAACAACUGGAACAUGCGCUGUCCAGGUGGAGCAGUGCACUCAAUAGAGUUGCAGGGAUCACGGGUUGGGAUGUCAGAGAUUUCAGGCAUGAUGCUGAACUUGUGAAGGUAAUUGUUGACAGCGUUCGGAGAUUACUGGACCACAUAGACUGGUAUAUUAAUCAAUUUCCUCUUGGAUUAGAUUCCAUCUGGGAAGACGAGAUUGAAUCUACUGAAAAUCAAUCCACCGAAGUCAUAGGGAUAUUUGGAAUAGGAGGAUUGGGUAAAACAACCCUAGCCAUGAAAAUCUAUCGAAUUGAGUUCAUUGGUGGAAAGCUAGUGGAUUGGAACUAUGACGCAAAAGUGAGCGGAUGGCUAAAGAAACCGGGGAAGAGGAGUCGAUUAUGUCUUCAGGAUGAUGUAAAAGAUGUACUGGAAGAGAAUAUUGAGACAGAAGCUAUCGAGGGAUUGUCUCCGAAACUGCAUUCCAGCAGUAGAGAUUGCUUGGAAGCUCAUACUUUCAAGAAAUUGAAGAGACUAAGACUGCUACUCAGUGCAGAUUAUGGGCAAAUUUCUAAACAACUGAGAGAGUUUCCUUAUAAAUACAUGCCAAAUAACUUUCAUUUGGAAAAUGCCAUUGCACUUUGAUUUCAAGCAUAAUCGUCUCCAACUCGUCUGGAACAACGCCGGGUUUUAGGGUGGUUAAAAUUCGUUAAUCUUAGUCACUCCAAUAUAUGAUAGAAACACCUAACUUUUCAGGACUACCAAGUCUUAAAGAGCUCAUUCUAAAACAUUGUCCAAGUUUGGACAAAGGACACCAAUGUAUUGGUGAUCUCUCCAAUAUACUAGUGAUAAAUUUGAAGGAUUGCACAAGUCUAAACUAUCUCCCAAGAAAGAUAUAUAAGUUGAGAUCUUUAAAAACUUUCAUUUCGAAGCUUAGGCCCUUUAGAUAUAGCACAGGUGAAAUCCUUAUAAUUGCUGAAAAAAACACGACUGUGAAACAAUUUGAAAAAAACACAACUGUGAUCAAUUGUAAGCUAAAAAAAAU